AUGGAUUCUCCUUUGAACAUAGAAUUAAACAGAAUAAUGCAAAUUGUAUUAGAAACAAUUAGAAUCAAUCGAUCAACAACAGUAGACGUAUUAUUAGAUGCUUUAAAAUUAAAUUACCCAAACGUUAACACCAUUCACUUGCAAUACAAACUCAAUAAAGUAAUUCGUGAACUGAAAAAUGAAAACGUAAUUCAUGAAAUCAAAAAGCAUAAAAUAGACUUUGGUCAAAAUGUUCAUUGUUGGACUCAAAAUAUGUUUUUGAUUGAUUUGAAUAUAAUUCAGUGCCUGAAAGUACUUGAUAAACUUUUAAGUGAAAUAAAUAUUCAUAAUAUUGCCAUUGAAAGCAAUCAAGAAUUGAUGUCUAGUGAUAAUGAUGAUUAUGAAAAUAACAAUUUAAGUAGUGAUGAUUUAAGUGAAGAAAGCAAUUGUGAAAAUGAUAUAGAGGUAAUUAACAAUUAUAAUGAACAUGAAGUAGCUGCAAAAUAUUUAACAAAACCAGAUAGUUUUUGA